AUGGUGGGCGUCGCGUCCGCGACCGCGACCGUCAACGUGUUCGUAGUCCACCUCUACGCCGCUUCAACGGCAGCAGCACCAUCUGCCGGCGCCACGCGGCUCGUCAACCGCGCCCUCGCAGCGGGCGAGGUUUCCACCACCACCACCACCCGACCACCGGCCUGGUGGCAACCGCAGGCGCAGGUCAAUCUGCGACCUCGACGCCGAUGGCGAUCGACGGCGCACGCGCAGGUCAGCGUCACGCAGCCGCUCACCUAUUCAGCAGCAGCGGCACCCUGGAUGGUGGUCAUCGUAGACGAGGGUGAUUUCUGCGCGGUCACGUUGCGAGCUGGUGCGGGCGGCAGCUUCGCCCUGGACCCAGCAUCAUCCUACACCAACCAGUAG